AAUAACUAUAUUUUUAUUUAAUGUAGAGUAGCAGCACUCUCCUUCACAUAGUAAUGAUGUGGCUGGUGAUUUGGGUGUCUGUCGUGCUCGCUGUGCUUUACAGUCAGGGGGCAGACGCCUGUCCUGAGAAGUGUAGAUGCAGGAAUGUUUUUGGCCUUAAUAUAUACUGUGAAGGUAAAGGAUUGACCGAAGUACCAUCCAACAUUCCCACAGACGCUUCUUAUCUAUCUUUGUGGAAUAACCGAAUUAAAACGUUACCAGAUGGAAUAUUUGACAAUUUGGUGAAUUUGAAGUAUCUAUUCCUUCGUGCCAAUAAAAUAGCAACGUUACCAAAUGGAAUAUUUGACGCAUUGAAAAAUAUACGAUCCAUGAACCUGGAAAACAAUAAAAUAGCAACGUUACCAGAAGGAAUCUUUGAUACUUUGGUGAAAAUGACUUUUCUACAGCUUAACGACAAUCAAAUAGGAACUUUACCGAAUGGGAUUUUUGACUCCUUGGUGAAUCUGGAAACCCUAUACUUAUACAACAAUAGAAUAGCAAUGUUGCCGAAUGGAUUAUUUGACGCAUUGUCGACGAAUCUGCAAAUCGUAUACCUGAACGGCAAUCAAAUAACAACGUUACCGAAUGGAAUAUUUGACGUAUUGGCAAAUCUUAAGACCCUAUCUCUGGGAAACAAUCAAAUAACAACAUUACCGGAUGAAAUCUUUGACAUCUUGGUGAAUUUGGAUUUGCUAUCUCUGGAAAACAAUCUCAUAACAGUGUUACCGGUUGGAAUUUUCGAAAGCCUGGCGAAUUUGAGGGUUCUUGCUAUAGAUGGAAACCCUCUACGUUGCAAUUGUCAAUUACUCACCUUUCUCAAGUUUGCAGAAUCGAGAAACUUGCAGUUACAGGUCCGUACAAAACCUUCUUGUGAAAGCCCUCCCAAUCUAAAAGGAACACUCCUGAACGAUAAAAUACUUCAAGACAUGAUUUGUGAUUCGGACGCCCGCUCUACACAAAUAGACACAGGUAUUUUCGCUAAGGACACCAGCACUUCUCGUCCAGACAUUGAUACUACCGGAAGUAACAGCGUCACAGUAAUCACAGGAGUAACAGUUCCUAAUUCCAUCACAGCCUCUACCGAUACAGACAAUGGCUUUACCGGAUCAGGUGAGUAACUCUCAGGCAACAGAAUUGCACUAGAUUAUAUGAGUAAAGUAGUAAUUCGCAGUAUACGUCAUAUGCACUUGAAAUAUACAACCAUCAGCUGAAUUUGUCAACCACUGAUAUAUCUCUUGACGCAAACGUUAUUUGAAAACAUCGGAUUGGCAUCAAUUUCCGCAUGAGGAUUUCCGGGAGAACAUCAUCCGUAAAUAUUGGAUUAAAGUUCAAUAUCUAAAUUUCCAUUACAUCGUAAGUAUGUAAGCUUAGUACUUUUUAUCAGUAAAACCA